AUGAUAGAUCAUGUCUUGGGCAGGCCAUCGGUCAGAUUCCGCAAGUACCAAGUCUUUGCUGUCGUUUCCUUCUGGUCCUAUUAUCUCUACAAGGGCAACCCACAUGGUCCCCCAUACCUUCGUCGCAUCUCGAGACUCCUGUCCACACGUUUGACAGCCUGGCAUACUGUUGUCUUGACUCUGAUAUAUCUAUACAUCACGCGAAACUUCAGCAAGCUCGUAGGCCUCGAGUGCCCAGAACCGCUUGCAAACCUCUACACAAGAUCAUACUUCCGAGCGACAUGGAUCACAACAGCAUUGGACGCAGGCUUCUGGACGGCCAUGAAUCUACGGCCUGUAUGGUUGAAAGACCUGGCCAGUCUCGUCUUCUCGGUCUACUAUCUCAUCUGUGCCGAGCAAGCAGAUGAAAAGGUGCGAAGAGUAAGAGCUGGCUUGACAUUGGAACAUCUGAGAGUCAGCUGGAACAAGCCAAACACACCAUAUAUCAACUUCUUCGGCAAGUUGAUGCGUCCUAAACUGAUGCGCUAUCCACCACGCGCUAUCCGCAUACCCAGACCCAGACAAAGCAGUUAUGCCGAGCCCGUCCAAGCAUGGCUCUACUUUGACGGUCCUAUCAGUGAUCUCAAGAAUCACGACAAGAUUGUGCUCGAUAUCCCAGGCGGCGGGUUUGUUGCAAUGGAUCCCAGAGCACACGACGACAAAUUGCUUGCUUGGGGUGCAAGAACAGGCUUGCCUGUGCUAGCACUGGAUUACAAGAAAGCUCCCGAAUAUCCUUAUCCUUAUGCUCUGAAUGAGUGUUACGACACCUAUCAUACCCUGGUUGCGACCAAAGGACAAUGUAUAGGUCUUUCAGGAGAGACCAUGCCCAAGAUUGUCGUCAGUGGAGACAGCGCAGGCGGCAAUCUUGCCGUAGGUCUAAUUCUCAUGAUUCUGCAGUCUGGCAGCACUGCAACCCGCAGAUGGCAAGGCGAAACAUCUCUUCCUGUACCUGAGGGCGCUGUCCUCAUCUAUCCAGCUCUGGACAUGAAUAUUGGCAACUGGAUGACAGAUGAACAAAUGUCUUUGAUCAAAGACCGCAAAAUGCGAAAGACCAACAGAGGUGUUCUUAGCAGAAAGAGUGAUGACUACAGAAAGCUAACACCAAAUACUCCACACGGGUCUGAGGAUGAAGACGAAGAUGUCAGUCCGCCAAAGACGAAGCGCACGAAUACUGCGGUUCAGCAGUUGACUGACAAGCCUAUCGUCGCUUCUCCCACAGAGGCUCACACCAGUGCCGCUCACACCGUUGAUGCUGCUUCCACUGCACCUGCUCCUCAGAUGCUACGCACUCGGCUUGCCAUGUCUUCUAUGAUAUCUUACUUCAACGACCGCGUCUUAACGCCCGAAAUGAUGCGAGCUAUGAUCAUCUUGUAUAUUGGUCCGCACUCACGGCCAGACUUCUCAACCGACUAUCUUCUCUCACCACUACUCGCACCCGAACCGCUUCUCACCCGUUUCCCAAAGACGUAUAUGAUGACUGGCGAGCGUGACCCUCUCGUCGACGAUACCGUCAUUUUCGCAGGCCGCUUAAGACAAGCCAAAUUAGCCCACUGGAACAGCCGCAAAGAGCUAGGUCUCGUACGCGAACGAGAUGUGUUCGUCGAUACAGAUCAUGUCAAUGUAGUCUUGAUCCCUGGCAUUUCUCACGGCUUCCUGCAAUUCGCGGGUAUAUUCCCAGCAGGCUGGAAAUAUAUUUCGCGAUGCUCACGUUGGAUGGCUGAUCUUUUCCGUGAAGCUGAUAUGCGUGCUGAGUUGGACGGGGAAGAGACUGACUACUUUGGCAACGAAGCUGGAUCGGGCUUGAAGAAGAGCAAUGGCGUCAGACACCAUCGCCGCGUGCCUACUGAAUCUUCUGGCGAUGAGGAUAGACCACUUGAGAUGAGUACAUUGAACGGUGGUGUUCGCACAAGUCCUAAGAAAAAGGGAAGUCCCAGAGGUGGUGGUAGAGCUGUCAGAGGAGCCAGAAACGAGCGGCCGCGGAAUGAAAGGAUGAAGAGUCUGGUCAGCUUGGCCAGUGAGGAUGAUCUUCUUGGAAGGAGAAUGAAGGGCUUGACAGGUAAUCUGAUGGGUGAUGGAGGUGUACCUCAGACUCCGUAG